AUGGACGUUGAAGCCCUCAUCGAUCAGCUAACGCUGGAGGAGAAGGUUGCUCUCACAGCCGGAACGGGAUGGUGGCACACAACGGCAAUUGAGCGCCUCAACAUCCCCUCCAUACGCCUCUCGGACGGGCCAAACGGCGUGCGCGGCACCCAUUUCUUUGAUAGCACGCCUUCAGCAUGUCUCCCCUGCGGUACUGCCCUGGGUGCUACCUUUGAUACCGACAUCGCAGAGCGCAUUGGUCAUCUGCUGUCCGACGAGGCCCAUGCUAAAGGUGCACAUGUUGUUCUGGGACCAACCAUCAACAUCCAGCGCAGUCCUCUGGGCGGGAGAGGCUUCGAGUCUGUGUCUGAGGAUCCGGUUGUGUCUGGUGUCAUCGCUGGCCACUAUGUCCGAGGACUCCAAAAGUCGGGCGUGAGCGCUACCCUCAAGCACUUUGUGUGUAAUGACAUGGAGAGCGAGAGGAUGGCUGUCGACUCGCUCGUGACGUCUCGGGCAAUGCGCGAGAUCUAUCUUCUGCCAUUCAUGAUCGCUACUGAGCUGGGUAAGCCCCGUGCGUUCAUGACUUCUUACGGCAAGGUUAACGGAACCCACUGUUCGGAGAACAGCCACAUCUUGCAGGACAUUCUUCGAGACGAAUGGAAGUGGGAUGGCUUGGUGAUGAGUGACUGGUUUGGAACAUAUAGCACAUCCGAAGCGGUCAAUGCCGGCUUGGACCUAGAAAUGCCGGGUGCAACCAGAUGGCGCGGUGUUGCAUUGAGCCAUGCGGUCUCCUCCAACAAGGUCAAAAUGUCUGUCCUUGACGAACGAGUUCGGAACGUUCUGAAGUUGAUCAAGCACGGAUUAGAGGAGACAUCGAUCCCUCCGAACGCUCCCGAGAAGCAGCUGAAUACUCCAGAGCACAUUGCAUUGCUUCGGGAAGCUUCGGCAAAGUCUCUCGUCCUGCUGAAGAAUGACAACCAAGUCUUGCCAUUCAGCCCCCAAAAGAAGACCGCCGUCAUUGGCCCCAACUCCAAGAUUGCCACAUAUUGUGGAGGUGGGAGUGCCAGUCUGCGAGCGUACGCUGCCAUCACUCCGUUUGAGGGUAUCAGGGCUGCUGCCGAGGAUGUUGUGUUUUCUCAGGGCGCAUAUGGACACCAAAUGCUACCUCUUCUCGGCGACUACCUGAGAACUCUGGAUGGGAAGCAAGGAUUCACUCUGCGGAUGUACAAUGACCCUCCGCCCUUGACGGGCAAAGACACCCGCAUGGUGAUCGAUGAACGUGUGUUGGACGCAACCAACCCCUGGUUCGUAGACUAUGAGCAUCCUGAGCUAUCAGAAGUUUGGUUUGCCGAGGCGGAAGGUAUCUUCACCCCUGAAAGGUCUGGAGACUGGGAUUUCGGUCUUGCCGUCCACGGUACAGCCGAGUUGUUCAUCGAUGAAGAAUUGGUUGUGUCAAAUAUGGAGAACCAGCGUCCCGGAAGCAGCUUCUUGGGCUCUGGAACAGUAGAAGAGACUGGCAGCAAGAGCUUGGUCGCCGGCCAGAAGUAUCGCCUCCUUGUCAAGUGGGGAUGCUCCAAGACCAGCAAGCUAAAGAUCUCCGGCGGCGUUGAUUUUGGCCAAGGAGGUCUUCGCUUCAGUGGAUGCCCGAGAUUGGACCCUACAGCCGCUAUCAAAGAAGCGGUCGAGAUUGCCCAGUCAGUCGACCAAGUUGUGCUCUGUAUUGGUACUAGUGGCGAGUGGGAGUCUGAGGGACAAGAUCGCGCAAGUAUGGCUCUCCCGCCGGGGACAGAUGAGCUUGUCGCCGCUGUACUACAGGCCAACCCCAAGACAGCCAUCGUUGUUCAAAGUGGUACGCCGGUGGCUAUGCCCUGGAUCGAUCAAGCCAGUUCAGUCGUUCAGGCAUGGUUUGGCGGUAACGAAUGCGGAAAUGGCGUUGCCGAUGUCUUGUUUGGCAAGGUGAACCCGGCCGCAAAGCUUCCACUCACCAUUCCUCGCCGUAUUGCAGACAACCCUGCCGCUUUAAGCUUCCGAUCGGACAACGGAAGAGUGCUCUAUAGCGAGGAUGUUUAUGUGGGUUAUCGAUGGUAUGACACUCUCGACAUUGAACCUCUUUUCCCCUUUGGACACGGGUUGUCAUACACCAACUUUGCUGUAUCCAACCUGGAAGUUGAAGCUUCCAAUCCCGAAGAGAUGACUGUCAAGGUCCAGGUUAAGAACACAGGUGCCAUGUCUGGUGCCGAAGUUGUCCAGGUGUACAUUGCGCCAGCAGCAUCAACCCCACUGAAUGCAUCCCCGAGGGAGACCAUCACACGGCCGUCCAAAGAGCUCAAGGGUUUUGCUAAGGUCCAUGUCGAGCCAGGGGCUACUGAAGCCGGCGAGAUAAAGCUGGACGUUCUACGCGCCACGAGCUACUGGAGCGAGAUGGAAGAUUGCUGGCGUAGCGACGCAGGCGAAUACGGUAUUCUGGUGGGCACGAGCAGCCGAGGGGCUUUCCUCGAGACCUCGUUUGUGCUUCAAAAGACGCGACGGUGGAAGGGUUUGCGCGCAUAG